AUGGAAUUUAGUACGAACGAAUCCCCUGAAAGACGCAAAUUCAAGCUCGAAAAAAUUGAGCGAAAGAAAUUUAGUGAAGAUGCCAAAGAAUACCUAACCUUCUGGAGUCAACUUAAGAAAAUCGAUGAAGACGCAAGCAUUUCGAAUGAAAACAAUUUCCAGCAUUUACUGCAAGCUGUUGUGCCAAAAACGAAGGCAGCCCGUGUUGUGGAAAGCUUCCCGGCUACAGUUGAAAACUAUUCAGAAGCCAUUGCUCAGCUAAAAGAAAGAUUCGGACUAGAAGACUUACGUGUUCAAAUAUACGUGAGAGACUUGCUGUCCAUGGUGAUGAAGAAUGCGGCCUCCGGACAUUUCAAGAUGGACCUUCCAGCAUUAUAUGACGAACUGGGAGAGAAAAUACUCGCCCUAGAAAGCCUAGGACGUAUCCAGGAGAAAUAUGGCGAAUUUCUGUGUCCACAAGUCGAGUCCUGUUUGCACGAAGAAAUUUUAUUGUCCUGGGAAAGGAGCCGGAGUCAACGUAGCCUGUCAGAGAUCUAA